CACCAGCUUUUCUCUGGAGACCGCCGAGAGAUCGCAGCCACGCUCACAUAACUUCUGCUUUCUUCACACACCAAACUGCUUCUUCUUGUUCUUCUCCGCUCUGACAGAAACCUCAUACUCUGGAUUGAGUGGAUUUUAACCUGAGAGAUUAACUGGGAUAUUAUCGUCCUUUUCACACUAGAUUUAAAUCUUUUUAAGACACAUCUUGGAUUACCUAACGAUGCAUCCAGAAACGUGCACUGCAUGAAAGUUUGCGUGCAGGUUGUUGGUGUGAUUGGGACAUGUUGGAGCUGACGUGAGCAGAUGAAUUUCCUCCUUUUGGUUCUGGAGACAAACUCUCCGGUGAUGAGACCGAGACGCUCGCUGAGUCUGCUGCUGACCAUUCUCCUGCUGAACAGUGCAAACUGUGUCUGGAUGCUGCCGGCUCCCAGCAGUGUUCACAUGGAGUCUGUCAACAUGAGACACAUACUGAGGUGGCGCCCGCCGCAGGCUGCCGGCCACACCGCUGUGCUCUACUCCGUGCAGUUCCAGGGGGAGUUUGAGCUGACGGUGCUGAACGGCAGCUGGGUGGACGCUCCCGAGUGUCAGCUGACUCCUCACGCUCACUGUGACCUGACCUUUGACCUGGGUUCCGACGCUGACUACAACAUCCGCGUCAGAGCGCAGCGUGGCUCCCGGCUGUCAAACUGGACCCAACUCAGCCGGCCGUUCAACCGCAGACACACGGUCCUGACGGCGCCGGACAUGGCGGUGACGGCAGUGGGCGACGCCCUUCAGGUGACGUUCAACAGGCUUCCUCUCACUGCCGCCGUCAGCGUGACGGUGUGGAAGAGAGCCGACGAGCUGCAGGCUGAUGUGUACAUGAUACCAGCUGAGCAGACGCCGCUGCAUGUCGCCGACCUGCAGGACGGAGCUGUGUACUGCGUCAGAGCUCAGACUGUCCUGGACACUCACCUUCGCAGCAGUAGCACUGAUGCCCAGUGUGUCUCCAUCACAGGUCCAGACGCUGCCUGGAAGAAGCCGACCACUGUGACUGUGACCGUCAUCGUCACGGCCUGCAUCCUGUUCGCUGUGUUCUGGUCCGUCCUCCACUGCCGUCCAGAUGUCUGCCAGGCGUAUUUCAGAAAAGAGCCGCUGCCCCACUCAUUGACACCUGAUUGGGACAUACGACAUCCGUUCAGCCCUGAGGAGGCGGAGCUUUGUGAGCAGAUCCAUGUGAGCGUUGACCCCCAAGACUGACGAGCCGAGGAUCUCAGAUCCUGAAGAGAAAAGACAAAUCUGGAAGAACAAAGUUCUAAACUUCCAUUUAUUGUGGAAUUUAUGGAGCAUGUGUUCGAGAAGAUGCUUUUGAGCUCAGCUUUCUUGGGGUCAAAUUUGCGUUUCCUAGGAUGGAGAAGACAUGACCCGCCCUACUCCGCCUCUGAUCAUAUGGCACUCUUUGCUUUCUUAGGUUGUAUUGAGGAUUAUGCAUUAUGUUCACUCAUCAAUUUCACUAUUGGCAGCCUGGUCUCACA